UAAGAACAUGCCCACGUGCGCGAUUAGUACAAAUUUACUGUGUUUAAGCAAUCAUUAUAAUAUUUAAUAGUAAAAUUUAAUUAGGAGCAUGGCAACUUUGUUUUCGUAUUUUAAAAAAUCUCCAGCUCCUAAUAAGAAUAACAUUGUACCAACAAAAAAAUCUAAAGUCGAAGAUAAAAAUUCAGGAACACCGUUAACCACUAAUAACAACAACAACAACAACACAUUUUUAGUAGGAGAAUUAGUUUGGGCAAAAUUAGAUACUUAUCCUUUUUGGCCUGCAUUAGUGUGUAAAGAUCCAGCAACUAACAAACAUUUAAAAAACUAUUUGGAAGUUCAUGUGCAAUUUUUUGGAGAACCGCCUACUCAUGACUGGGUUAAAAUUAGCAAUGUCAAGCAGUUUGAUGAGCUACAACCUUCCAAUGAAGAAGAUCUAAAGAUAGCUUUCAAGCAAGCUGAAGCUGCAUUAAAGUUAACUCUUCCAGAGAGGAUUGAUUCAUAUUAUGUUUGUAAAGCCUCAGAUUCUGAUGAGGACACUAAGAAACCAAAAUUAAACUCUAGAAAACGUUUGAGGUUGAUUUCAGACUCAGAAGACGACUUAGAUAAAGAAAAUGUUGAAGAUGAAGAAAGUCCCUAUGAACCAACACAGGAUGUUUCUUCAGAAGAAUAUGAUUCUGUGCAAAGUGAUGAUGAAACAGAAAAUAAAAAAAAAAGAAAACGAAAAUCGUCUAAUACUCAGCAAAAACAAAUUAAAAAGAAGUUAAUUAAUGUUACACCUUCAGUUAAAAAGGCAAGCACAUCUAUAAAUGUUACACCUUCAGAAAAAAUGAACCAAUCAAUUGAUAAAGCACAAACUGUUCUAGCUAAAUUUGCUUCUUCAGGUCAAUCAACACCAGCUGCAUCUGUAACAUCAGCAGAGGUGUUAGAUUUAGAAGGAAAAGAUUAUCUUCAUUUAACACUUCCUUUUCUGAAAGAUGGUCAACGAAUGGACAAAAAUAAAAAGUUACACACAGAUCCUGACUAUGACAAGCGUACACUAUAUGUUCCUGAUUCUUAUCUUCAAUCAAAAGAAAUGUCACCUGGAAUGAAACAAUGGUGGUUGUUGAAAAAAGAUCUGUUUGACACUGUUAUUUUUUUCAAGGUUGGAAAAUUUUAUGAGCUUUAUCACAUGGAUGCUGUGAUUGGAGUUGCUGAACUUGGUCUUGUUUUUAUGAAGGGCAAAUUUGCUCAUUGUGGAUUUCCAGAAGUUGCAUUUGGUCGCUACUCUGAAGUUCUCGUACAGAGAGGAUAUAAGGUUGCAAGAGUUGAGCAAACUGAAACUCCUCAGGCAAUGAAUGAGCGCUCUGCUAAAGUUGUCAGAAGAGAGGUUUGCGCUGUCAUAAGCAAAGGUACACGCACAUUUAGCUUUAUUGAAGGUCAUUCAGAAGAAAGCUCUACAGCAUUUUUGUUAGCAUUUACUGAAAGACCUUGUGAUACUAGUAGUCCAGGUUGCUUAGGUGGCAGUGAAUUUGGUGUUUGUUUUGUUGACACAUCCACAGCAAAGUUUUAUCUCGGUCAGUUUACAGAUGAUCGCCAAUGUUCAAGAUUUCUUACCAUGAUCUCUCAGUAUCCGCCUGCUCAGGUUCUUUAUGAAAGAGGAAAACUUUCGAAUAAAAUGCAGCAUAUCUUUAAUCAUGAGUUAUCAUCUGCAAUCAAAGAUUCUCUUGUUACAGGAUCAGAGUUUUGGGAUAGUACAAAAACUUUAAAAGUAUUUCGAGAUGAAAAUUACUUUAAUGAUGACAUUACAAACAAAGACGUGAAUUGGCCAAAACUUAUAAAAUCUAUGCUGGCAGAUGGUGAUAUAAUUGGAACAGAAGUUUCUAAAAAGUAUCAACUGGCUAUAAGUGCUUUGGGAGGUUGCACCUGGUAUUUGAAAAAAUGCUGCAUUGAUCAUGAGUUACUUUCAAUGCAUCAAUUUCAGGAGUAUGUCCCAAUGGAUCAAAAUGUAACAACAACAAAAGACAGUUUACCCCAAUAUAUGGUUCUUGAUGGCAUUACAUUGACAAACCUUGAAAUUACAGUUAACUCUGAUGGCAACACUAAUGGAACCUUGUUGCAGUUGUUAGACCAAUGUGUAACUAUGUUUGGAAAGCGUACUUUUAUGCAAUGGAUUUGUUCACCUUUGUGUGGAAAAGCAGCAAUAGAUAACCGACUAGAUGCUGUUGAAGAUCUCAUGAGUAUUCCCUCACUAAUAAGUGAAGCACGAACAGUUAUGAAAUCAAUUCCUGAUCUUGAAAGAAUACUAAGAAGAGUACAUUCUCUAGGAUCCUUAAGGCGAAGUAAGGAACAUCCAGACAGCAGAGCUAUUUUUUACAAUGAUGAGAUUUACAGCAAAAAGAAGAUAGGUGACCUAUUGGCUGCUUUGGAUGGUUUUAAAAAAGCAGAACAAGUGAUUGAUUUGUUUCAAAAGCAACUAACUAAUUUUAAAUCAAGCCUUGUUAAAAGUCUGCUAUAUUAUGAUCCAGUUAACAACAAAAAUGGUCAGUUUCCUGAUUUAUCUCCUACUUUGAAAUUUUUUCAGAAUGCUUUUGAUCAUAAGAAGGCAAAAGAUACAGGUCUCAUUCAUCCCAAACCAGGAGUUGUUUUGGAAUAUGACCAAGCUUUAAAUGAUAUUGAAUCAUGUGAAAAAAAACUUGAUGAUUAUCUUAAAGAACAAAAAAAAAGGCUAGGGUGCAAUAGUAUCGUGUAUUGGGGAAAAGGAAAUAAUCGCUACCAGAUGGAAAUACCUGAAUCGGCGCUGCGUUCUCAUACUCCUAACGACUAUCAUUUAAAAUCCCAAAGAAAAGGUUUCAAAAGAUACCAGUCUGCUCAAAUUGAAAAAUUGGUUGCAGAUUUAGACGCUUUUGAAGAAACACGAGAUGCUUCACUUAAAGAUACUAUGAGAAAUAUUUUUAAUCGCUUUGACAAAGAAUAUCAAACAUGGGAAAAAUCAGUGAAAUGCUUGUCCAUACUUGAUUGUCUUCUUUCAUUGGCAACAUAUUCCUUAAAUAUCGAAGGUCUUUCGUGUCGUCCUCAAGUAUGUAGUUUGCUAGACGAGAAUGGGAACGAAGUUCAGCCUUUUUUUGAGUUUGUCAAUUGUCGUCAUCCUUGCAUGCCGAACGCCAGUGAUCUGAUUCCAAAUGAUAUAUUACUUGGAAAAAAUGAGCAUUCUAAUAAUAACAAAAAAGCUUCUUGUUGUUUAUUGAUUACUGGACCGAACAUGGGAGGAAAAUCAACGCUUAUGCGACAAGCUGGAGUUUUACUCAUCAUGGCCCAAAUGGGUAGUUAUGUUCCGGCUGAAGUUUGUCGCUUUACGCCUGUUGACCGUGUCUUUACAAGGCUUGGAGCACGUGAUAGAAUCUUACACGGUGAAAGCACAUUUUUUGUUGAGUUGAGUGAAACCUCUACUAUAUUUCGACAUGCCACAAAACAUUCGCUUGUGUUGCUAGACGAACUUGGUAGAGGAACAGCAACCUAUGAUGGUACUGCUAUUGCUUCAGCCGUCUUACAUGAACUUUCAAAAGGGUUAGGUUGUCGCACUCUUUUUUCAACACACUAUCAUGGGAUUGUAGACGAAUUUGCAAAUAUUCCGAAUGUGAAAGUUGGUCAUAUGGCAUGUAUGGUGGAAUGCGAUAAUGAAGAUGAUGAUCCUACCAAAGAAAAUAUAACUUUCCUAUAUAAACUUACUAGCGGUGCUUGUCCUAAAAGCUACGGUUUUAACGCAGCUAAAUUGGCGGGAAUACCGUUGUGUAUAAUAAAAUCUGGUCAUGUUAAAGCAAAACAGUUUGAGGAAUCAGCUAGAAAGAUUCGCAUUUUGAGGUCGAUACUAAGUGCAAGACCAAGCGAGUUAAGGAGGAAGCUUCAAUCGUGUUAAUUUUUGUAAAGUUAUGAUUUUGUUUUGUUUACUUUGAUGUUUUGCAACUUGUUAUUAUAUGUAAAGAACUAUUUUUAUA